CACCCCGGCCCGCGGGCCGCCCAGGCUAGUGCCCGGGCCGGCCUGCUUCGGCCCGCCGUCCGGGUGCAAGCCGCUGCGCCGCGCCCCAGCCGGGCGUGGAUGGAGGGCGCCGCGCGCCCUGCCCGCUGCUUGGCGUGACGCGGGCCCGGCGCCCCGCGCCCACCAUGUCCUACCCGCAGGGCUACCUGUACCAGGCGCCCGGCUCGCUGGCGCUCUACUCCUGCCCGGCCUACGGCGCAUCGGCUCUUGCAGCGCCGCGCAGCGAGGAGCUGGCGCGCUCGGCUUCGGGCUCCGCGUUCAGCCCCUACCCGGGCUCGGCGGCCUUCACCGCGCAGGCGGCCACCGGCUUCGGCACCCCCUUGCAGUACUCGGCCGACGCUGCCGCCGCCGCCGCGGGCUUCCCGUCCUACAUGGGCGCACCCUACGACGCGCACACCACCGGCAUGACUGGCGCCAUCAGCUACCACCCGUACAGCAGCGCGGCCUACCCGUACCAGCUCAACGACCCCGCGUACCGCAAGAACGCCACGCGGGAUGCCACGGCCACGCUCAAGGCCUGGCUUAACGAGCACCGCAAGAACCCCUACCCCACCAAGGGCGAGAAGAUCAUGCUGGCCAUCAUCACCAAGAUGACCCUCACACAGGUCUCCACCUGGUUCGCCAAUGCUCGUCGGCGCCUCAAGAAGGAGAACAAGAUGACCUGGGCCCCGAGAAACAAAAGCGAGGAUGAGGACGAGGACGAGGGCGACGCGGCCAGAAGCAAGGACGAGAGUCCCGACAAGGCGCAGGAGGGCACCGAGACCUCGGCGGAGGACGAAGGGAUCAGCCUGCACGUCGACUCGCUCACGGAUCACUCGUGCUCAGCCGAGUCGGACGGGGAGAAGCUUCCGUGCCGCGCCGGGGACCCCCUGUGCGAAUCGGGCUCGGAGUGCAAGGACAAGUACGACGACCUGGAGGACGAGGACGACGACGAGGAGGAGGGUGAGCGGGGCCUGGCGCCGCCCAAGCCCGUGACCUCGUCGCCGCUGACCGGCUUGGAGGCGCCGCUGCUGAGCCCCCCGCCAGAGGCCGCGCCCCGCGGUGGCGGCAAGACGCCCCUGGGCAGCCGGACGUCUCCGGGCGCGCCCCCCCCCGCCAGCAAGCCCAAGCUCUGGUCACUGGCCGAGAUCGCCACGUCGGACCUCAAGCAGCCCAGCCUGGGCCCGGGCUGCGCGCCGCCGGGGAUGCCCGCAGCCGCCGCGCCGGCCUCUACCGGGGCACCGCCGGGAGGCUCGCCCUACCCCGCCUCGCCGCUGCUGGGCCGCCCGCUCUACUACACGUCGCCCUUCUACGGCAACUACACAAACUACGGGAACUUGAACGCGGCGCUGCAGGGCCAGGGCCUCCUGCGCUACAACUCUGCGACCGCAGCCCCCAGCGAGGGGUUGCACUGCGCGCCCAAGGCGGCCAGCGACGCGGGCAAGGCGGGUGCACACCCGCUCGAGUCCCACUACCGGCCCCCGGGCAGCGGCUACGAGCCCAAGAAAGAUGCCAGCGAGGGCUGCACGGCGGUUGGCGGGGGCGUCCAGCCCUACCUAUAGAAGGCGGAGCACAGCAAUGCAAGUAGGUGUCACAAUUGCUUUGAAAAAAAAAAAAAAAAAAAAGUCAGCAGGCCAUUCUCUCUUCCCAAGCUCAUAAAUUUACAGAUACAACAAACAGAUGUCUAAAUCCAGACCACAUCUUGUGCCACUGUAAAAGAGAAGGAUCCACACAGCACUAUCAACCCACAGACUCUAACAGUCGGAACAGACUAUUUUGGACAUAUGUGAAUUUGUUGGCAUAGUAUAGCUUCCCCGAUGUAUGUGUGACUUUUGAAAACAAUCUGUAUUUCUCAGGAUAUAUUGAAUUGAUCACUUCAUUGCCACGGUAUAUAUUCUAUAGGUGUGAUAGGAUUUACUGUAAAGUUUAUUUGUAAAAGAUGUACACAGUAGAAAUAAAACGUGAUUGAAGAACUUGAGUACUUCAGAAGUGGAAACAAAUUUGAUAUUUAUUUUUAUAAUGAUAUAAAGCUUCUAGUAAUUUAUGCAAGUUGUAUUGCAAUGGAAUCUAAACUUUUUGUAAAUAAAUUCUGCCUGGUUUUUAUUUGAACAUUGCUGGUUAUACAAUCUUUGUUGGUUGUUUAACAUGAAUUCUUUACUAAUUUAUAUCUUAAAUUGUAAAUAAAAACAGACUAGUCUACAAUACUAUGGUGUUUGGGGCUGAUUUUUCUUAGAAGAAUGAUUUGGGGUGGAACCCUAGUGAUAAUCUCCAGGUGAUCUGACCUCACCUUUUUAAGGAAAAGCUGUGUGAAAUAACUCUCCUUUCUCUCCUGAUCAUUGAAAAAAAAAAAAAAAAAAAAGGCAAAUGGAAGAGAAGUACACAAUCGGGAGAAAGAUGUGGCGCUAGAUGAUUUUUAUAAAUGUAUUGGAAAAAGAUAAGAUUUUUGUGCCCUGAGUAUGCUAAUUACUUGUUAGUGUAAAUUUUUAAAACUUGGCAAAAUAAAAUGAUCUGACAUCCUA